AUGGACUUAGACGAUUCCAGUUUCAUUAAUCUACUCGAUCAACUACGUUCAUGUUAUUCGAAAUGGGAAGAGACAAAACUGGAACGCGAUGCUUUAAAAUCAUCUGUAGAAAAGGCUAAUAAUAGAAUCAUAGAGCUUGAAACCACCGUAUGCGAAUACAGAGAAAAAGACUUGAAGACCGAAAAAGAAAGAAAUGCUUUACUCGAGGCGAUUAACACUCUGCAUGCGGAACUAUCUGAAGAAGAGCCUGCAUCAGAAAAAAUUGAUGAAGUUGACGAGAACCUCGAGUAUUGGUUGAACAAAGUAGAAGAAAAAUUAGUAUCCGAGUUUGGUCAAAACAAAACUGCAUCACUUAGCAACAGUAUAUUGAAAGAAAACUAUAAUUGUGGAGUGCUUCCGGAAAAUGUCAUCGAAUCAUUGUCGCACCAGCUUGCGAAUCAUGAUGACAAUCAUUACAAAUCCUUUUCAUUUUCCAACAAUGAAAUUUCAUCGUCAAACGUUGCAGCAUCUUCAAAUUUUUCAUUCAGAAAAGAUGACGCGGUAAAUGAGCACAAUUAUUUUCUGUCCAAUCGUGGCGUUAAUGUUGCUUCCAAUAAUGAAUCCGCUGUUGAAAACACACUCAAUCGAGAAAAUCCAUCUCAAAUCAGUGCUACUGCAUCACAAUCUGUUGACUCGAAUGAACUGGAUAAGGAUUUUACGGAUAUGGUAACUGUAGAAGAAGACUUUGCAAAUCAGUUACAAAAAAAAUCCAAAUUUUAUAAAGACAAGACUGCUAUAAGAGAUCCUGUGAAGUGCCUGCAAAGUUCUCCUUCGCGCUAUAAUUUCAGAGAAAAAAAAUCUCUGCGAUAUUAUAAAAAUUCGGAUGACGAUGAAAGUUCUUCUCCGGAUGAUGAUGACAUUUUUUCUUCAGAUCACGGUGAAAGUUUUUCUUCGGAUUCUUCAAAUGCUACAUUCAAUUCAUCGAUAAGUGCCACAACAGCUACAACUUCCAAACGUAAAAAGAAAGAAAAACGCAAAAAGAAUAAAAACGGUUCGGAUAGUGCCGGGAUUAGGACCUCUAGAUCCAUAGAUUCUUGUUCUAUAAGACGUCGAAGACCAUCGUCCAUGUCAACAUCGAAACCACAAAACAGCAUGCAGUGUAAAAUUCGCACCAAGCGCAGAAAAAGAGGAAAUCGCACCGAGAAUACAAGCUAUUUCAGUUCAAAGUUUGUGGAUUCUUCUUAUGAAAAAGGAAGACCAUUGACUGGGAUAUCAUUGAAACCACAGGAAAGCAUUCCUGAGCAGAAUGGCAGGAAAUGUUUGAUGUGUCAGCUAGAAAAACCAAAUGAUGCAGCCCUAAGAUUCCGCAGCACUCGUCAUCUCAAUCAGCACCUAUUGAGAAAUCAUCCUAGACCGAAUCCUUCUUUUUAUAUUCGUUGCCCAUAUAGAGAGACGACAUGCGUACAAUAUUUUACAUCCAUGAACGAUUUGCUCACUCAUAUAAUAUCGAUGCACGAAGAUGGAAAAUUGUUUUUUCCCACAAAAAACACUAUUCUUCAAUCAGAAUCAUGGUUUUGUAAUUUCUGCGAUGAAACUUUUACGAGUUAUUUUCAUUUGAAAAUCCACGCUAAAAAACACUCCAUGAUUACCGGAACUUUAAUAACUUGUGAAUAUUGCGAAUACGUUGUGUACUCGUCGAAAAUAAUGGAUAUCCAUUUAUUAAAAUGUCACAAUAUACUUACGUUGGCAACUCAAUCGAUACGGAAAUUUGCGAAAAACAUAGAUGAGAAAUGUACUUUUACUGUUAGUACUAUUGAAAAGAUCGAUGAAAAAUGUGAAGUCUCUUUAUAGGUACCUAGGUACCUACCUAUACAAAUGAGUGGAUCGUUUUAUUGUCAAGUUUUCAUCAUAGGUAGGUAAAGGUAUAAAGUCCGGUGUAGAUAUACGUUUUUGGUGAAAUAUUCAGUGAUGAAAAUAUCACCGAGAAUAUUGUGUUCCUGUUCCUACGUAUCAAUACAAAAAAGAGACCCUGAAAAAUAUGACAUUUCCGUCUAAUUGUUCUUUCUUCAAAGCAAAUGUUAUAGAUAGAUAUAAAAGACUUAUUUCCACGAAGUUGAGUACCUAUACACUUUUCAACUUGGUAUCUAUUGAUAAGAAUUUUGUUCUUGUUCGCCAUUGUUUAAAUGUAAUUUAUAAAUAAUAUGUCAGAUAAGUGCGCGGGUUUGUUCGGAGUGUAUUUUCGAAUAAAGUUGGAAUUUUUAGCACGCAGUAUUGACAGCUGCUAUCACCUAUAUACUUACCACUACCAAAAGGCUUCUGAAAGUUCUCAAACGCUAAAAAUG